AUUGUGGGAAAGGGUUGGUGCCAAUAAGGAUAUUAUGGUCUCUGCAAUGUACUGGUAAGGCCCAAUAGCAAAUUUGGAGGGAUGAAUAUGAACUUCCCACGGACAUAGAAGCCCAGCACAUUUCCAUCACGACCCUGGAAUCCGGCUCAUAAUGCCGUAUACUCGUUCUUCGUUUCAUUCUCUCUCCUCCAACAAGUGAGAGAGAGAGAGAGAGUAUCUUGUUGAAGCAGACUGCGUCAAGUCUUCCCUUUUGCCUUUUGUUUUUCUUUUCGUAAUUCCCAAUUCACAAAAUCUACGUUCCAAUCCAAAUAAACAAAAAAACCCACAAUUUUUUCAGUUUCUUGAUUUCUUCUUCCUUCUCUUUCAGAUUCCAUUCCAAAGAGCUUUCUUUUAUAUUAUUAUUAUUUUCCAGUUUUUCCAUCCAUUUUCCCACUUCCGCGCCACCCACUGAUUUUCCCUGAAAAGGGUUUCUUCCGAUUUCUCUUACCAUAUUCUUUCUGUUUUCUUUUCUCCCUCCCACGUUUUUUUUCUCCAAUUUUCUCUUAUUAAAAAAUAAUCAAAGGUGUGUGUUUGAGGGUGUUGCAGCUCGAUCACAAUGAGAACACACGCGUUACUGGCACUUUUGUUCUUGUUUCUGAUUAUGUUUGAUGUUUCUGACGCUUCCUUUGUUCUGAAACUCCGAAAGUUGAUUGGUCCUGAUCCAAAUGAUACUAAAACAAAGGAUCCAAACCAUGUUGGUGAAACAAACAAGGACAAUGGGAGUGGUCCUAUUUCUUCCCCAGUUCCACAGCCACAACCACAACCUUUGCCCAAAGUGAUGAAGAAUACAAAUGAUGAUAUAAAAAAGGACAAUGAUUCAGCUCCUCCAGUGAGUAUACCUCCUCCACCGAAAAAUGAUGAUGGUGGUGACACGGGUAUGCAUAAAGGGAAGGACAAAACUGAGGGCAUGAAGUUUUCACAUCAUAGCACCACUGAGACUUGUGACGGGUUCAAGAAGUGCACCGACGAUGAUGGGGGCAUGGUUGCUUGCAUUUCGAAAAUUGAUCAUAAAUACCUAGUUGUUCUUCUUCACAAUGGAGGAGAUGGCAUCAUCAAAGUGAAGCUUCGUACUGAUUUUGAUAAUAACCUUGGAGUUGUAGAUGUUGACAAAAGUAAAACAGAAAAGGUCAACAUCACACGAAGUAGCAGUGAAAGUACCCAACUGACUUUAAAUGCUGGAAAAGGGGAUUGUGUGCUUCACAUGGUUUCAAAUAUACCUGAAGAGAAUUUCAUUCUGCGUCUUCCUUCUUAUGACAAAAUUUUAACACCAGUAAAUGGUGCCUAUUUCCUCAUAUUGAUGGUACUAGUCUUUGGAGGGACAUGGGCUUGCUGUGCAUGCAGGAAGAAACAUCGCAAUGAGGUUCCAUAUCAAGAGCUUGAAAUGGCACUGCCCGAGUCUGCUUCAGCUACCAAUGUGGAAUCCGCCGAAGGUUGGGAUCAGGACUGGGACGAUGAUUGGGACGUCAAUGUGGCAGUGAAGUCACCGGCAGCACUUGCAGGAAGCAUCUCUGCGAAUGGCCUUACUUCUAGAUCUUCAAACAAAGAUGGAUGGGAGAAUAACUGGGAUGAUUAGGGUUAUCAGGAGGCAAAGGAUAAGGGAGAUGAUAGGAUUAACCAAAAAGUGGAAAAGGAAAGAAAGGGGAAGCAUCAGAGUUGGGGAAGAUUAAGAGCAAGGGAUGUGAGAAAUGUGGCUGUGCUGGGGCCUAAUUUUGAUGCAUGUCCAUGCAAGGGACUGCAAAAAAGAAAAGAGGAAGUGUAAUAGUUUUAACACAUUGGAAUUUUUUAUUUUUUUUGUAUUGAACGUGUAAUAGUGAAUGCCCUGGCCCAAACGGGAAACUAAAGAAACUGUAAAUGAAAUAUAGGAGGUAAAGUAUAUUUUGGCUUUAUCAAAUUUAUAUACACACUAUUCCAGUGAUCACAGAAAUGAAAACUUUUGUUAUUGUUUUUGGCUA